UACGCGACAUGGCAGCACCGCUCACUCCCCAACUCGAACAACCGCCCGCAGUCACCGGUGCAUCCUCUGGCUUCGGCCUCGAAGUCACCAAGGCAGCCCUCGGGCGCGGCGACCGCGUCUUCGCGACGCUCCGUAACAUCUCAGCUCUCGCGGAGCUCCAAGCGCGCUACCCGUCCACCCAGCUCCAGCUCCACACCCUCGAUGUCACGUACGAGUCCGCGAUCGGACCCGCGUUUGACGCGGCGAGAAGCAAGUUCGGGCGCGUCGAUGUCGUGCUGAACAAUGCUGGGGUGUGCGUCGUGUCCGAGGCGGAGGGCAUAUCGGAGGCGAUGGCGAGGAAGUAGUUCGAGGUCGUAUUCUGGGGCGCGUCGUACGUCACACGAGAGGCGGUGCGAACGUUCAGGGAGCAGAUUCCACCCGGGGGGAAGCUGGGUGACGUCGAGGACGAGCAUCGAGGCAACGGCGGGGGUUGCGCAUUAUGCUGCUGCGUGCGUCGAGACUUCGAUAUUGUAUUUGAGGGAUGGGGUUCACUGAAACACUGGCGGCUGACCUGUGUAAAGGAAAUCAACCCUUGAGGCACUAACAGAGGGGUACACACAGGAAGUGGACAAGGCAUGGAACAUAUGGUUCACAAUCAUCGAACCGGCCCUCUUCAAGACUGGAGCUCCCGGCACAAACAUCCUCGAG